AGCCCCCCCCCCCUCCUUCGACACUCGCACUCGCACUCGCACUCGUGACUCACGACUCUGUUCAGCAAGCUCGGCAUCGGCAUCGGCGCUGGUACUGUGCAGCUGUUGCCUACAUCGAUCUGUGCCACGCGGUACCUGACCAGCACACAGCUCGGCGCGCACCCUUCGCCUACGCCGGCCUGCCACCCCCCCCUUUGUAUGAUAGCACUUCGCUCCCUCGCACCAUUCGCUUCUCUUGCCCGACCGCUCAUCGCUGCAUCAUUGCUCCCUCAUCAGACUCGCAAGUUCGUGCGCAUUCAGGCGUCGUGCAAUUCGAGAUCAUUCACGUCGACUGUCAGGAUGUCGGAACCCGUAGCUGAUGCUGCUGCUGCUGCUGCAAAGCUGCUCAAGGACGAGGUGACUGGGGAUAUGGUCACCAAGAACGAGCUGAAGCGAAGACAGAAACAGCGCGAAAAGGAGGCGAGCAAAGCGGCCAAGGCUGCAGCUGCGCCGGCUCAGCAGCAGCAGCAGCAGCAGCAGGGAGGAUCCGGCAGCAAGGCGAAGAAGGAGGAGGAAGAGGAAUUGACUCCCAACCAAUUCUACGAGAGGCGUUCCAGGCAGAUUCUCGCGCUGAGACAGUCCAAGCAGCCGGAUCCUUAUCCUCACAAGUUUCACGUCUCUUCCUCCAUCGCCGACUUUAUCGAGAGGUAUGCGGACAAGACGCAAAAGGGUCAACACAUCGAGGAUGUGCAGGUCAGCUUGGCUGGUAGGAUCCACAAUAUGAGAUCGGGAAGCAGCAAGCUGCGCUUCUACGAUUUGCACGGGGAAGGCGUGCAAGUGCAGAUCACUGCUCAGAUCCAAUACCACAAGGCGGGCGAAGAGGCCUUCUUUGCCGCUCACGAUCUGCUCAAGCGCGGAGACAUCGUCGGAGUCAAGGGUUUCCCGGGCAAGACAAAGACUGGCGAGCUGUCCAUCUUUCCCACAGAGAUCCAACUCUUGGCGCCGAACCUGCGCAUGCUGCCCAAAGCGCCCGCAGGCUCGUCGGGCCGAGGUGGUUUCACGGACCAGGAACAGAGGUACCGCAAGCGCUAUUUGGAUCUGAUCAUGAACCCUCACGUGAGGGAUAUCUUUGUGAAGCGCGCCAAGAUCAUCAACUACGUCCGAAGGUUCUUGGACAAUCUGGGCUUCUUGGAAGUCGAGACUCCCAUGAUGAACAUGAUUGCUGGCGGCGCUACGGCCAAGCCUUUCGUGACGCACCACAACGACCUCAAGCUGGACCUGUUCAUGCGCGUUGCGCCCGAAUUGUACCUCAAGGAGCUCGUCGUUGGUGGAUUGGACAGAGUGUACGAAAUUGGUAGGGUGUUUCGAAACGAAUCCAUCGAUCAGACUCACAAUCCCGAGUUCUCCAUCUGCGAAUUUUACAUGGCCUAUGCGGACAUGCACGACAUUAUGGAUUUGACGGAAAGCAUGAUCAGCGGCUUGGUCAAGUCUGUGACGGGAGGUUACAAGAUCAAGUAUCAUCCCGAUGGCAAGGAUGUGGAAGGCGGACGAGAGUUUGAGAUCGAUUUCUCUACGCCCUGGAAGAGGUUCGACAUGAUCAAGGAGCUAGAGUCUCAGCUCAACGUGACCUUUCCACCUGCCAAUGUGCUGCACACGGAGGAGAACCGCAAGUGGCUGAGCGAUCUGGCAGCCAAGCACAACGUGGACUGCAGCGAGCCCCGCACUUCUGCGCGACUGAUCGACAAGCUCGUCGGAGAAUUCAUCGAGGUCAAGUGCGUCAAUCCUAGCUUUAUUGUGGGACACCCGCAAGUCAUGAGCCCCCUGGCCAAGCGUCACAGAGACAUCGAGGGCUUGUGCGAGCGCUUCGAGGUCUUUGUCGCGACCAAGGAGAUUUGCAACGCUUAUACCGAGCUGAACGAUCCCUUUGAUCAGAGGGAGCGCUUCGAAGAGCAGACGAGACAAAAAGAUGCGGGCGAUGACGAAGCUCAGGGCAUCGACCACGUCUUUGUCGAUGCGCUGGAGCAUGGUCUGCCUCCGACCGGUGGCUGGGGAAUGGGAAUCGAUAGGCUGGUCAUGUUCUUGACGGACUCGAAUUCCAUCAAGGAGGUCCUCGCUUUCCCUGCGAACAAGCCUUUGCCACAGCAAGGCAGCGCGGACGUUGCCUCUGCUCAACCUGACGCAGCCGAGGGUGCACCAGCACAGCCGGGCAUCUAGAUGUGGCAUCCAGAGGGGGGGCAAAAGGUGCAUGCCGUGUGUGCAGAAUGGUCAGCGCAUGUUCGAAGCUUUUCAUGUGCGACGUGUGGCGUGCGCUCGGCAAGUCUCGGUGAGAUUUUGGAUGCGAAUGUCAUGAUCAAAAUCACAGUGAACAGGGCUGCGGCGGCCUAUCACGAAUGCUGUGUGCGCGCAUCAGCUUCAUUUAGGGAUUGUUGAUCGAUUUGAUGCCUUUCUUCGAUUGCCGUUGAUGCGA